AUGCAGUUACUUGAACUAAAGCACCAACUUGAACUCGCCCAACACCAGAUCGCAAUUCGAGAUGAGUUGAUUACAGAACGAGGUUUGGUACUAGUGAACGCCGAUGGAACAGAGACCAUUACUCCAGCAGAUUUCACCAACGGAGAUUCGGGAGGAGCGCUACAAAUUCUAAAUGGUUCUGAUCCAGGCUCCUCAGAAAAUGUCCAAUCAGCCUCCUCCGACCAAUUAACUGCCUCCUCAGCCUACCAUAAAUCUUCCUACAGUCUCCUCUCCAAGGCCAAUGCAGAAGCGCUCAAAUCGAUCGGCGGAUCUGAUAUUGACGCGAAGUUGGCCACCCUUCUAGCAGAACGAGCAAAAGACAAGGAACGAAUUGAAACUCUGAAAGAGCAUCUGGCCGAGGAGCGUGAACGAGUGGAAAUGGUCCAGAAAAUUGACUCUCGUGCCAAGGGUGGCGACCCAGAACAUCUCAGACAAACUCUUCAAGUCGCGCGAUCUCAAGCUCAGGACUACAAGUUCCGAUUAGAACAAGCCAAUCAGAAGAUCAGCGGCUUGGAAGGCGAUAUAAUUCGACUAGAAGGUCAGGUAAAGCGUUUCAAGACAAUCGCAGAGGACGCGGAGACACAGGAGGACCAAUUGAAGCAGGAAAGACGCAAACUUCAACGAGAAUUGAGAGAGGCCCUUUCGACUGUAGAUGAUUUAAAGUCGGAGAACUCCACUCUUCAGAGAAAAAUAGACAAACUCUCAAGAGGUGGACCUGGCUUACCUACUGGAUCAAAUUUCCGUUCUUAUCGCGGAUCCUCACAAGCUCGAUAG